GCGUGCAAAGUGCUGGGAAAAUUAGCCGCAAGCCGCAAUUGAACGAACGAUGGAACGAUCCAGCACGAUCAGCCACGAUGUUCACGCCUUUCGCUGCCAGUAGCGCUGCAAUCGGUCAUAGGUCAUGCGUAACCCGUCAGGUGUUCACGUUUUUGAACGGAAGAUUGACUUGUGGAGUUCCGUUUGAAGAUACAUUGCUCCCAAAUAAUGACGGAAACUCAGCAGAAAACAAAAUGUAUAACGUUGAAAGGCUCUGCGGAAUUGGUUAAGCAAUAUCUUCUUUACGGUGUAAACAGUAUUUUGUAUCAAAGAGGCAUUUAUCCCCCAGAAACAUUCGAACCAGCUGAGCAUUUUGGUCUGUUCGUUUUAAUGUCGACAGAUGAUAAAAUUAAGGGGUUUUUAGACACUGUUCUUGGCCAAAUCCAAGAGUGGUUGAUUCAACGAAAAGUACAAAAGGUAACUCUGGUUAUAACAAAUGUGAAUACCAAAGAAGUUUUAGAGAAGUGGGACUUCAAGGUUGACUACGAAGGUCAAACCUCCAAUGGAUUGAAAGACGCUACAAAUACUGGUCUUCCGGAUGUUGGAACAAAAGACUCAAAGACUAUACAGAAGGAAAUACGCGAAGUAAUUCGUCAGAUCACAGGAACUGUGAGCUUCCUUCCAUUAUUGGACUGUCUAUGCUCUUUCGAUAUCUUGACCUACACUGUACCUGAUUGCGGUAUUCCAAAAGAAUGGGACGAAACUCAACCAGUUAUUAUUGCCAAUAGUCAAGAGGUUCAAUUAAGAUCAUUCUCCACUUCCAUUCAUAAAAUGGAUACUAUAGUUAGUUAUAAGAAUAUCUAGGCUUAAGCGUCUUGCUAUUAAAAGUCAUUGAAACUCACUCGUGCUGGCUAUUGUUGAUUCCAAUAAUUAUAAUAAUAUUUAAUGUUAAAGAUUGCUAUUUAAAUCCUAAUUGGUAUGUAAGUGGUCAAAUGCAUAGGUCGUAUAAUUUUUAAGAGUUUGCAUAUGUGUAUUGAUUCUACUUUAGUAUUGUCUAGUAUUGUCUAAGAAGAGUUUUAUAACAAAUAUAUAUUUUUUAACACAA